ACAACAGAACCCACCCUAAACAACAACACUGUCCUCCGGCAGAUAAACACUUCCAAGACACGGUCUCAUCCAAGACACUUUCUCUGGACACUAGAAGAGUCUUUACACGUGGGAAGAUGCAUUCGGGCAACCUUGAGAAAGUGGGUUCGCUGAGGAAACGGACGCUGUCUCGAGGAAUGAGCGAAGACGAGUCUCUUCGGCACAUUAUCAGAGACGCAGAAGAAUCGAGCAGACACCUGUCACGCAGCGAUAGCAGAUAUGGAUCAUUAAAAAGAGGACAAAGACAAGAAAGCCAUAGUGAAGAUGAUCUAUUCUCUGAAAACAUAAAAAUGAUAGAGCUGAGAGCGAGCUACGAGGAUUGUCUGCAGGAGGUGCGGACCCUGGAGUUGCAGCAGGAGGCUCUUCUGUUCCAGGUGGACUGUCUUCAGGACGCCCUCGAGGGCACGGAGGAGAUGCUCGCUGAGACCCAGAGAGACAAUCGUAAUCUCACCAUGGAGCUGGAGCGAGAACGAGAGAUGAGGAGGAAGUCGGAGGACAUGCUUGCCUCAUUAAAGCAGGAGCUGGAGAGGUUAAGAGAGGAAAGAAGCAGCGAGCCCGUCUGGCUCCAGGCCGCUCCGGAGGGGACGUCAGUGGGCCGAGACGAACAGACGCUCGCACACAGCGAAGGCACCUCCGUGGAUGUGAACACGAGCCAGCUCUUACAGCUGAAGAAAGCGGUCAGCCAGACACUGAAUCCGUCAGUGUUUCACAGCCAGAAGCCUGAUGCUCAGGGUGGAGAUGAUAACGACGAAAGCAGCGGCUACGAAGAUGCUCCGUCCGAGUUCUCGCCCAGUCCGUCCACUCCAGACACGCAGCCGGACGGAGCUCUGCUGGACAGCGAGGCUGAAGAGGGAGGAGAUGGGAUGAGUGACUCCGAGUCCGGCCUCUCUAAAAGUUCAGAUUCUUGUGCUCUCUCUUAAAUUAUUCUAGUGCUGUAAACCGAUUAAUCGCGAUUAAUCGCAUCCAAAAUAAAGGUUUUUAUUUACAUAAUAUAUGUGUGUGUGCUUGUGUAUAUUUAUUGUUUAUAUAUAAAUACACACACAUACAUGUAUUACUAGUAUUUACAUAUAUACAUCUAUAUUAUAUUAACAUGUUUUUCUGAAAUAUAUCAGUUAUACACACACACACACAUAUAUGUAAAGAAAACUUUUAUUUUGAAUGCGAUUAAUCGCAAUUAAUCGUUUGACAGCACUAAAUUAUUCAUAAAGUGCUGAUGAACACUAAAUGUGCUUCAUUCACUUUAUCCAAGUUACCUUUACUCAAACAGCCUUUGCACAAAUGUUAAAAUGAAGACUACUUAGUUAUACUCAUCAGUCAACAGAGUUAUUUAGGAAAAGAAGGAAUCUGCACUUUGUUUCUGCUGGUCGUUUUUUUAUAGCUGUGUUUGUGUUGGAUUUUGUAACGUUCUUGUAUCCCCUGCUAUUAAACAUGAGCUGUCCAGCGAUUCAGGACACAAGGUAAUACUUUGUAUCUGUAUGUUGGCCAUAUUGAUAAAAAAUGGAAUGUAAUUUUUCAUAUUGUAUUGAAAAUGAAGUUACUUUGAAAUCUCGCAGGUGUUUUCACAGAGAAUCAGUUAUAUUGAAUGAUCUGACAGACUGAGGGCCGCUUGCAUUGCUUGUGCUGGUGAGUUUGGAUGUGGACGACACUGGAGAAGUCAAAGUCUGAGCUGACGUUCAUCAUCCUCCAUUGAGCAACAUGUGUCUAUCCACAUGCCCUCUAAAUACACUUCUGUGCAAAGCUUUGAGGCACAUGAGACACUUCACAAAAACAUUGCUUUAGGGUAUCUUUUUGAUUAGUGUGCCAGCAGGAAAUAUCUUUUCCUGCAUUUUACAUUCAUUUUACAUUUCCAAAUAUUCCUUCUGCAAAUAAUAAUAAUCCAAUAGGAUUUUUGUAUGAACAAGGAGAUUCCUGGAACAGUUUGCCUGCAAACUCCCUUAAAACGCCGCUGUGCAGUACCUAGGAAAAAGCUGUUUGAGGUGGUGAACCUAAUAUUAAUAUUGAUUUAAUCUUCUUAAGUUAAAGCAGCUGCAUUUAGUUUUGUGUAUUUUUGCGAACCCCCUACAGCUGAGUGGAAUCCAUUGUCGUAAUUACAGUGAUACAGUAGCUGCACAUGUGCAUUUGUUGCUGCUGUAAAACAGCUUUUCGUGGGAUUUCGUACCCGCUCGCCAAACUCACACACUCCCAGAACAGACGUUUGCGAAAGAAACAGAAGCCAUUCGCCUGAUUAUAAAUCGGUGUACCAACAGAAAGAUUUUGAAACUGAUAUUUCAAGGUAUUUACUAAAACAAAAAAAAGUUUAAGUACACAAGUGCUAAGAAGACAACACAGUUUGCCUGUGGAUUUAGGUCAUUCCAGAUGGACUGAUGAUGGUGAGAUCUGCCGUCGGUCGCAUUAAAAUUUAUGUCGGUUACAUAAAAAUAUUAGUCUCAGUUGAAUCCAAAACAAUAAGACUGAUUACCCUGGGCUAACUGCUAGUUGGUCAGACUUUCUCUUAACAUAGAGGCUAGUUAAUGCAACUGGCCACUGAUCUCUGUGUGGCUCAAACCAUCAGUUGGUCAUAUGAAAAAAAGUUCUACUUGUACUAGUUGAUUUAAUAUUUUACAGAGUUAUUAUGUACAAGAAAGGGAUGUUUUUGGUGAAGUUGUAUUUUUUAUAUUGGUGUUUAUUUUUAUUUUUUACAUUCAGUAACACGGCUGGUUUUAAAAUCUUAUGUUUUAGAUUCUUCAUUUUGUCAAUCGCCUCAAAGCUUUUAUGAGACAAAUUCUAAACCAGAAAAAUCCUUAUAUGGCAAAGGUUUUAAAACAUUUUUCUAAUUUAAAAGAUAUGACAAUGAUCAGUUGUGCUGUUAAGAUCACAAUGAUGAAUCAUAAAGUUUUUUUUUUGUUUUUCCACACGAGAUGUUGUUUCUCAGGGAAUUUAUACUGAUUCCUUAAUAAUAAUGAAACUAAUUAUCCUAAAACGCUGGUUCUGACUUCCAGACAAUCCAACACAAGAUGUCUUUACUACUAAGCUAAGUAGUUUUUAUAGCAUAUGAAAUGUAUGAUUCAUUGAAAUGCUGGAGCUGGUAAAAGAAAACAGUGGGGUUCAUUAAAAAAAAAAAUGAUUUGUGAAAUGGGCCCAAUGUUUGUUUUUUGUUUUUAUUAUUAUUAAAUAUCUUAUGCUCACAA